AUGAUCUGGGUAUGGGGAGUAUUCGCCGUCGUUGGAUUGACGAUGAGUCAGAAUCCCGUCUUCAGGAGGUUCGAAUACAAACAUUCCUUCCGUGCACCGAAUCUUGCUCAACGCGACGGCUCCAUACCUUUCUGGAUGGUUUGUCAUUUCGUGAAGUCGUCGUCCAAAGAGCUUCUAUAUUGUUUGAAAUAG